GUUGGAUUCGGUCGGACUUUCAACAGUGCAGCGCUGCUAGGCUAGGGUGCACGGCAGUGUGCCACAACCAAACCAAACCCUCAGCCAUUGGUUGGCACAUGCACAUGCAACAUUUUGUCCUUGAGAGUGAAUUCAAUGGAUUAUUCAUGAAUUUGUAGCAAACAAGUGACGGUUGUCGACGUUUCGCAAAUUUUCGCUUUGAACCAGUGUAGACAUAACUGAGCGAGAGUGAUCACGAUGGUGAACAAACAAUAUAACGUACACAAUCCCAAGUUGCACAAAUCGAAGAGCGGUCAAAACUCACCAACUCCGAUAAUGCGCAGCUUUCCGGAGGUGUCAAGCCAGCCGAAUCCUCCCAGUGCAAAUGGGUCGUUGGAAAACAAUUUGAAUCAUAGUGUCGAACAGCACCACCACCAUCACCGUCAGCAUCGUUCACUCCAGAAUCACCUACAGAAUAAUUUGGACUUGGACGUGCGACGUCGGACCGGGGGUUCCACUUCACCCUCGGUCGAGGACUUCGGUGAGGAUGGCGUCUACGGACGAAACAUCAGCUACUACAGUGAGAACACACAGCUUGGCGAUCGAAAUAGUGAAAGUCCCACCACCGGCAGCAACGAGCGGCUCAGCGUGAAGGAUUUGACCAUCAGUGACAUUGGCCGAUUCCAGUACAUUCUUCAGAUGGACCGAGAAGUGGGCACACCAUAUAGCGGAUACACCUCCAGUUCCACUCCACAUCCACCCUCGGCGGCAAAUACUCUACCCAACCACCUUCACGCCAACCGUCAGAGUUUCAACUACUGGAAGGCAGGCUCCCAGACACCACUCACGAGCUCAUCAUCCAUCAAUUCCUUCUUCCGGCCAUCCUCCCAGUCUAGCUGUUGCCUGUGGAAGGCCCUCAAACUGAUAUGGCGCUUCAUUAAAUGGCCCCUGGGAUUAUUGCUGAUUUGUAGCUUGUUAGGUUUAGUUGUUUACUUCCUGGUUAUAGAUAGGGACAUCAUGAGCAGUUCGUUGCUGGGGGGAGAUAGCAUCUACGACGUCGAAGAAAAUUUAUCUAUCGAUUUUAACGAUUUUACCCACACCAACGACCUAAGCAGUGGCGCAGUGACAACGUUUGGUCGUGAUCAUAAAGACAAAAGUAUAGAAUUUUCUAAAGAUGGCGCAACACCCAACUCAAAGUUUUCGUUCGGUUUAAAUAACGAUUUGCUAGCUAUUUUCGUGAAGAAGACCGAACAAAAUCGAAAUGAAGGCCAGAGUUUCUGGACGUCGACGGAACACGAAAAUCAAAGUGAGGAGACACCCGCCCAUGUGGUGAAGGUCAGUAGCACAACUCGAGCGCCAGUACGAAAAACGAGCACCAUAUCGCUGAAGGAUUAUACCAAGGGUCGAGUUUCGUUUGAUGAUGACGAGUUCGAGAACGAGGAGGCCAUCAAGGAGCAAACAACCCGCGCACUAGAUGACGGAAACAAUGAGAAUGACAGACAGGUGGGAUCUAACAAGGAUAUUUCCUUCAGAUCGCUAGGAUUCACUUCAGGUCAUCAGAAUAGCUUCGGGGUUCCUAUCGAAGAGGAUGAACAACUGUUGACGAUGUUAAACGAACAGUUGAUCAGACUUGAGAAGCAGAGAGAAAAAAACCUUACCUCGACCUCGGCCACCACAGAUUCUAGCCUGUACCGGACCAAAGUUUCCCCGACGCUGCCGAUUUUGUCGCGGUUUGAAAUAACCACCGAAGGUUUGAAACGUUUCAAUAUUUCCGAAGAAGGCAUUUGCAAGUCUACUUCUCUCCCUCUGUGCCGAGGAAUAUUACCGUACGAUUUGACUACGUCGAAGAACUUCCAACUCACCAAUCUGGAGUACGAGCACUUUCAGUAUCUCAUCAAUUCCAAGUGCUCGGUACGCGUGGCAGAGUUCGUCUGUCUGGUGUUGGAACCCGAAUGUCGGCCGUCUCGAAUGGGAACUCUCACGCCCUGCAAAAGGAUCUGCAAAUCUAUCCUGGAACCGUGUGCACAUAUAAUUGCCAGCUCGGAAAUAUUGACGUCAACGUUCGAUUGUGAUGCAUAUCCAGACUCGAAUGAUCGCAAUGUCUGCGAGGAUCCAACCCGUGAGAGCAAAUGCUACGCUAACGAGUUUCAGUGCAUGGAUUCCAGCUGUAUACCAUUACAAUGGAAAUGUGACAACAUAAAGGAUUGCCACAGCGGAGAGGAUGAGUCUGAUUGUAAAUUAUGCGAACGAGACGAGUAUCGCUGCCUUUCGAACGAUAAGUGCAUUCCGGACAAAUGGCGUUGCGAUCAGUACGAAGACUGCCCGGAUGCAUCCGAUGAGCUGGACUGCUACUACGAUGAACACACCACUUAUCCAACCGGUUUCAGUAGCCACCGGGAAUAUCCAUUCGUGCAGGUUCAGGUUCCGAACAGCCCCGUAAAUGGUAAACCAUAUCUAACGAUCACCAACGAGGAUCGUGAACGAAACCAGAAAAAUCAUCAUCAUUCGGAAGCACCUCGUCAGGAGCGCCAUUAUGCAGACUACGGAUCGUCACAGGAAGAUGAAUAUGAACCAACUGCUGCCGAAAACGUACCGCAGGUAAACCGAAGAAACCGAACGGAUCCUAUUGAAAUCAGCACCGAAAAAGUAGAGGAUCAAACCGAAGCUGAAACCAUCACAACACACACCGUUUCGAAAGCUUUGAGUAAUUUUCAAGAUAGUAAGGAGAUUAUGAUGACUUCAGACUCGGAACAUGACUAUAAAUUCAGCAGCACCAGCCGGGCAUUUCUAACAACUGCGCAUGCGUCACCCUGCCCGGAAGGAGAAUUAAGAUGCGUUAGUGGAAUAUGCAUUUCAGUGAGUCAAUUGUGUGAUAAAGUUACGGAUUGUGCCGAUGGUGCCGAUGAAGCCAUGUGUGUUUACAAGGAUUAGAACUUAGUUCGGUUUCUGUAGAAAACAAUGCCAACGCAGCAAACCCAUGACCUAGCAAAUAUUCGCGAAAAAAAAACAUGCACUGCCAGGAACAGGAUUAUACUACUGUUAGUUCUUUUCCCGUAGAGUGGUUGAAGUAACUGUACUACUACUAGAGUGAUUUUACUUGUUAACUUGUUGUUAAAACCGUGCAUCAAUUAAGUAUAAGGAAACAAUAACAACAUCCUCCAUGAUAAGCAUUGCCGCUAUUAAAAGUUACCCAUGAUGUGUAUUAUUAGGAUAGAAAACAAAAGCGGUAGGACAGAAUGUGUAAUAGCAAACAAACGGUUUACAGGUUGGUGCACAGAAAUACUCUGCAAAACGGGCAGUUUUGUGGAACGUAUUUGACAGAGCACCAACGUUUGGAGGCAAUUUUCAUUGGUUGAUAUAUUAGGUUGAUAUUAGGUAUCAGAGCGUUGUAAAUAAGCCAUUCUAUCCU